UUACUGGUCCCAGUCCGGUCCCCUCUACUCCAGCACACGUGACCUCCGCCGCCGCUAACCCGCACCAUGGCCCUGCCGGUGCCUCGGCUAUCUAUCCCUGCCGCGCUGGCCUUGGGCUCGGCCGCGCUGGGCGCCGCCUUCGCUACUGGUCUCUUUCUGGGGAAACGGUGGCCUCCGUGGGGGUACAGGCGGCAUCAGCGCCUGCUGCCCCCUCCGGACAAUCCCCUGUGGCAGUAUCUGCUGAGCCGCUCCAUGAGGGAACACCCAGCGCUGCGGAGCCUGCGACUGCUGACCCUGGAGCAGCCGCAGGGGGAUUCCAUGAUGACCUGUGAACAGGCCCAGCUUCUGGCCAACCUGGCGCGGCUCAUCAAAGCCAAGAAAGCUCUGGAUCUGGGUACUUUCACCGGCUACUCGGCCCUGGCCCUAGCCUUGGCGCUUCCCGAGGCUGGCCGCGUGGUGACCUGCGAGGUGGACGCAGAGCCCCCGAAGCUGGGACGGCCCCUGUGGAAGCAGGCAGAAGUGGAGCAGAAGAUCGACCUUCGGCUGCAGCCCGCCCUGCAGACUUUGGAUGAGCUCCUGGCGGCGGGCGAGGCCGGAACCUUCGACAUAGCGGUGGUGGACGCAGACAAGGAGAACUGUACCGCCUACUACGAGCGCUGUCUGCAGCUCCUACGCCCGGGAGGCGUGCUCGCUGUGCUCAGAGUCCUGUGGCGCGGAGAGGUGCUCCAGCCUCAGCCCAAGAACAAGGCUGUUGAAUGUGUGCGGAACCUAAACGAGCGCAUCUUGCGGGACGCCAGGGUCUACAUUAGCCUCCUGCCCCUGGAUGACGGGCUCUCCUUGGCCUUUAAGAUCUAGGGUAACGUCAUGCUUAGGGCUUGGGUGUGAGAAGCUAAGAAACCCAGCCAGUGACCCGACGUUUAAACCUGACAGUAAAGGUACUGGAACACGCGACCUUCUGAGCAUCAAUUUCCGACGUUCAUUUAGGCAGUUUUUCCAGUAAAAUGGUCUCCCUGGCACCAAGGCUCGUGGCCCUAUCUGACCGGAUAGUUUUAAUAAAUUUUCCCUGCUGUACGCAUUGAGUACAGUUCCAACAGGCUCUGAGGGCUUUGAUAAAGGGAGGACCCUGUCUCUUGUGUCCUAGCCACAUGCCACACCUUGUCGACAACACCUAGUUAUGGGUACUUUAUAGCUAGGUCAGGUCUGCUGGCAGUCUACCCACGUUUUCACAGGGCUGUUGCCUCCCCAGUGUGCAGUGGAAACCCUAACAGUGGCUAUUACUCGAGAAGCAACCCUCUUGACCCAAACCAGAGGACCUAAGGUUGGCUGGUAUUUCUAUCUGCCGCCUCACCGGCUUGAGUCCUAAGGGAGGAAAUUGAUGUCCAAGGGUUAAGUAAAGCAGACAGGAGGGUGGGUAGCCAACCUCAUUCAAGGAACCUCAGGAACUUAAAGGCUUUUCCAGCAUAGUCCUUUGUGGGGGACACUAUAAGGAGCCAACCUUUAUUGACCUGGGGCCUGGUGCUUUGCUGUUCUGGAAGAAGGGUGACAUUCUUUAUACUGAGGCACAAAGGACAGUUUCUGGGACCACAGGUUUGCCACCUAUGGUUAAGGCCCAAGUGAAACACACCCAGCAGCAGCUCCAAGUACAGCUGCAUGAGCCCACAACUGAGUCUGUCCAAGCCCCACGUCCCUGCCACACACCAACCCACUGGGAACUAUUCCUUCACAAGUACAUACGGAGGUGCACACAGGGGACCUGGCCACUCCAUUUUGAGAAGUACCUUUGACAUACUGGUAACCCACAUGUGUACUCUAGCCCAGAGCAGAGCCAGCGUGAAGUGCACUUGUUAGCUGAGGAAGGAGCACUAGGCCACGGGACAGUGGGCAUGCACCAUUUCUACUGGGGAAGCCCCAAAGUAAUCCAACAAGUUCACAACUAGACCUCAGGAGUGACGCUCACCUCCAUCUUUGAUUACCCCUCACCUGUGACCUACCUCCUCCCCUGGGCAGUACUACUUUUCCAACUAGAGUCACUAGGUAAUGCAAAUCACCCAGGUGAUGGCUACGGGGGCUGCCAGGGCCCAAACCUCUCAGCUCAGCUUCCCAAUACCUGUCUAUGGGAGAGACUCCGUACACUUCCGCCUUCCUAUCUUGCUGCGAGGCUCAGAAGAAAGGGCUCCCAUGCCUAUUUAACCCUUCAGCACCACUGCUGCUUUUCCUUCCCUCAUCAUCCAUGGAUUAAGUCAUUCACUGGAACUUUGUACAAACUUAGAAACUGCAGAGUAUUAAAGCAUGUAUCCUUGUAUUUUA